AUGACACUCAAGACUUUGGGCGCCAAGGCCGCUGCGGCUUUGGACCAGGAACUUAUGAGCACUUGUGCUUUUUCUAUUGAUCAGCUUAUGGAACUGGCUGGUUUAUCCGUUUCGCAAGCCAUUUAUCGAGUUCAUCCACUUAACAAGGGCCGACGAGUUCUUGUCGCAUGUGGUCCUGGAAAUAACGGCGGCGAUGGGCUCGUGGCCGCUCGACAUCUCUUCUACUAUGGGUAUCAACCUACCAUUUUCUACCCAAAACGGAGCAAAAAUGAGUUGUAUCAUCGUCUGGCUAAACAGCUCGAAGACCUCCAGGUUCCUUUCGUCGAUGAUUUCCAAUCAGCACUAAACUCAACGGAUCAUGUUGUCGAUGCAAUUUUCGGUUUCAGCUUCUCUGGUGAAGUCCGCGAGCCGUUCCCCAAGGUCAUCCAAGCGCUAGAAGAAACAAAAAUCCCAAUCACCUCAGUUGACGCCCCUUCGUCAUGGAACAUUGAAGAUGGUCCUCCAAAGUCAGGAUUAGGCAGUGCGUUCAUGCCAACGGCACUUGUUAGUCUGACGGCGCCGAAGCCUUUGGUGAAGUACUUCAAGGGACGACAUUUCGUUGGCGGCCGCUUCGUCUCGCCAUCCAUCGCAAAGAAAUAUGACUUUGAGGUGCCAGAGUAUCCUGGUGUGGACCAAGUUGUCGAAGUGCCCACAACGAAUGAAAAGCUUUGA